AUGUCUCUCAAUCGAAUCUCAUUCCUAGAAGGAUGGGAGCGCAACCCAGCGUUCCGCCGGGACGACACGUCGGACGACGAAUCCGACAGCUACCAGGACCUACCAGAGACUGCGUCCUUAUCCUCCUCAUUCCCGUCCACGUAUAGCAGACUCAAUUUUAAUCCGUAUGCUGGCCCGGGCUGGAAUGAGACCGUUGACGAUCGCGAUGAUCGUCCCUCGCUGCUCGGAUCCCUGGGUCUGUCCCCCACGUCGACACGGGAGACUCCGCGCGUGGACCCGCUUCGGCCGGCAAGUCCUGUGGUGGCAUCUAAGGUCCCUAAGGACCCGGCCGGUUGGUCGGAGACAACGGGAGCGUUUGAAGUGAGCCCGGCAAAGCGAAUUGCCCAAGUAUGCAUAGCAGUGGUCUACUGUUUCCUUGCAGCCGGCAUUGCCUUCGGAUUCGCGGCAUUAAAGCCGGUCCUCAUCCGCGAGAAAGUAUAUCGGAAUUUUUGUUCGCGACAGGAACUAGAGGAUAGUGUCGAGGUGUGCAGCGGACAGGAAAUUCGGAUGAAUUUGAUGUUCACCAUUGCUGCCGUCGCCACGAACGUCUCUGCUCUGCCUGUCGGUACCAUCUUGGAUGCAUAUGGCCCCCGCGUGAGUGGAAUCAUUGGCAGUUUCUGCUUGGCAGCCGGUGCCAUUAUUUUCGCAUGCGCCGAACAACUUCCAUUCGAUGGAUAUAUUCCAGGGUAUCUACUUCUCUCCCUGGGUGGACCGUUCGUAUUCAUCUCAUCGUUCCAUUUGUCCAACACCUUUCCCAAACGCUCCGGUCUCAUCUUAUCCAUGUUGACCGGCGCCUUUGACGCGUCGAGUGCUCUAUUCUUGAUCUUCCGGCUGUUGAGCGAACACACCGCAGGCUAUGUCUCGGUCCAGAAGUUCUUCUUGGUAUAUCUUGUCGUGCCGGUCUUUAUCAUCGGAGUCCAACUCACCGUUAUGCCCACCACCUCAUACAAAACAGCCGGCGAGCUAGUCAUGCACGCCGAGGUACAAGUCAUGGAGGAGAUCAACGACCGGGUAGACGAUACAAUCCACGAUCGCAAUGAAAGUGAGCGACAACGAAACGACAGACGCAUCCGCCGACAAAGCAUCGUGCACCACAUCCAAGAUCUGCUAGAUGACACCGCUUCCAUCAAAUCAGGUAUCGACGAUGCCGUUUUCAGCGAACAACCCCACACUGAACCACCACGCCAUAACGGCAAAGGUAUCAACAACGGAAAUGAUCUUGAUCACCCCUCUCCGCCAAAACCCGCAAACCCGCAACCUCCAGUAAACACUAGUACUAGCGGUGUUUGGGGUGUCCUUCAUGGACAAACCGCCUUAAACCAACUACGCACACCAUGGUUCAUCCUAAUUACAGCCUUCACAAUCCUAAUGAUGCUGCGCAUCAACUACUUCGUCGCAACCCUCCGCACACAAUACAGCUACCUCCUCUCUCCAUCGCUUUCCAAAAAGAUUAACACAUUCUUCGACAUCCUCCUUCCAGUCGGCGGUCUGCUCUCGAUUCCGUUUAUUGGUACCUUCCUCGAUAAUCUCCGUACCCGGACCGUGCUCUUCAUCCUCGUGACCACGGCAACCGUGAUCGGGAUACUAGGUUGUAUACGCCACUCCAUACCCGCUGCAGCAGGUAAUAUUAUUUUGUUCGUGUUGUAUCGACCAUUUUAUUAUACCGCCGUUUCAGACUAUGCGGCCAAGGUCUUUGGGUUCCAGACGUUUGGAAAGGUUUAUGGGCUUAUUAUUUGUCUUGCUGGGGUUGGAAAUUUUGCGCAGGCGGGCUUAGAUGAGUUGACGCUUAGGCAUUUUGGGGGUGAUCCGGUGCCAGUCAAUAUUUGGUUGACAGCUGGCGUUGCUGUCGUUGGGGGUGCGUUGGUGACUUUUGUCAGUUGGAAGACUAACGUGUUGUCGAAUGACGAGGUACAGGGACAGGCGGUGGUAGAUUCGAGUGUCAGGACGAGGGAUUGGGAGAGGGAACCUCUUUUGGAUGGGGAAGUGCAGAGGACCUAUGUGUGA